GAUAGAGGGAGGUAACUGCGAACGUUUUGUUGUCGGCAUUGCUGUUUCCUUUUCUUUUUUCUUUUUACUGUGACGUUUAUGUGUGUGUGUGUGUAUGUGUAGAUGUGUGUGAUUGUAUAUGUAUGUAUGUCUGCUGCCCGCCUCUUUUCUCCCCUCCUUACUUCACUGAAAUAACAAACCUUUGCACUCGCUUCACAUAACAUUUGUCCCAACUGUGCCCGCUCAGCAUAUUGCCUGCUGCGUUCAGUGCAAAAAGGACCCCACAAAACACCACCACAACCAAAACAACCGCAGCAAAAGAAUACGAUACGGACAUUUAUCUUACACGGUCUAACCACCACGUCUUACUGAUUGAUUGAUUGAUUCAUUUUUUUCUUUAUUCCUAUCAUUCAUUCAUUCAUUCAUUCACUCACUCAUUUUUUUUUUAUCAACGCAUCAAGUAUUUUUUCCUCCAUCAAAACCAAAUCGAAUCAGCCAUGUCGAUCGAUCUUUUCCGCGGAAAAUGGAAGCAGGGCGAAGAAAUGCCCGAAAAUUUUGAGGCCUUUAUGGAUGCCACAGGAGUUUACAAGGACAAAAGAGAUCAAGUUUCCAAAAUUCGAUUUAUCACUGAUUUUGACAACGAUGGAGACAAAUGGGUUUGCAAAAUUUCUGUUGAAGGUAUGCCAGAACCGAAAGUUUACAUCUAUAAAUUCAACGAAGCUUAUUCGUCCACUGAUUUGAUGGGUACAACUUUCACAUGUGUGGUAACGAAACUUACUGACAACAAAAUACAGGAGACCAUUACCGAAUGGAGUGACUCGGAGGUUAUAACAACCAGAGAAGUCCAUGAUGAUGGUACCAUGACAGUUGUGACAUCUUGUAAAGGUGUGUCAUUUUCAUCAAAGUUUGCAAAAUUCUGAAAAUACAUCAUACCUUCGGCAUGAAGGAACUGUACAUCAAAAGAACCAACAAAUCAUUUAUUUCAAUAAUGAAGACUCUCUUUUCUUUCUCUCUCACGAUCUCUUUCUGCAUUUACAAUUGCCAUACGUUCAUACAUACAUAUAUACAUAAAUGCAUACAGAAACAUAUACAUAAAUGCAUACACACACACACACACACACACACACACACACACACACACACACAUAUAUACACACAUAAGUACAAACAUACAUAUAUGUGUGUUUGCGCGCGCGAGUUUGUAUGUAAACAUAGUGAUAGUAACGAACGGAAGGCAGAGUACCCAGUACUAAAGUUAGGGGUAGCCGGACUACAAAAUUCGCUGCAUCUCUGGUUUCCAUCAUACAUGAGACAUAUAUAAUGUGAACUACAGCUUUAUCUUUCACUGAAUCAUAC